AUGCAUUUAGCAACUCCUCAAAUUCUAGGCGUGGCCGCGCUGGCUUUCCUCACCUAUCCAACGUGCGUUUCAGCGGGUGGUGUUUGCGACGAGGUGGGAAAUUGUCUUCCUAAGACGGUUGUAAUGGACCAAUGGAAGCUAGAUUGUGGUAUGGUUGGUGAGGAGUGGCAGUGUAAGGUGGCAGGUGGGCCAUCUCCAGGCCCGCCGAUCACUGGUACCAAAACCGGAACCCAAACUGGAACCCAGACUGGAACCCAGCCAACUGGAAUAACCGGAGCGUUGGCCAAAGCGGAUUUCAACACAAUUUGCCCAAAGUAUUCUGGUGAGGUGUUUGAAACAACCAACACCGAUGGCACUUCCAGUAAAUGGAAGAUUCAUUGCAAUACCGGUGUAUCACUAGCGCCCGCUGGCUGGAGGUGGAACUAUCAUAUUUGCAAACAUUCCUCUGUUAUCGACUAUCUGAAAGAAUAUGGAGAAGACAGAAAUGGGUAUAAAGGACUUUGGUUUGACCAUCAUUACGGGGACAACCCGAAUGUGGGCCCAGGUUGCAAUCAGAUCGUCGGUAUUACGUCGUUUUAUCAGGGAGCUGUGCCAUAUGUGGACGGAAUUAGCCCUAAACAUUUCAUCGAGCGUGUUACCUAA